AGUGAGGGGAAAAGAGGAAGAAAUCCACGUAGCCUGUCCUGCAUCGUCCAGCCGUGUAAUGUCCUCAAUGUGUACGUUUAUUUGAAGAAACGCUGCUUUCAAUUAAGCGGAUAACGGUAUUCAUAGUGGCAGGCUAACGUGGAAUAACCCAAAUUGGUCCAGUUUGCUGAAAGGGAGAGGACUAAAAUGGAGCUGGAAGACGGAGUUGUGUACCAGGACGACCCGGGGACAUCAGCGAUGAUGUCUGAGAGGGUAUCGGGCCUGGCCAACUCCAUCUACCGCGAGUUCGAGAGGCUCAUCGGUAAAUACGACGAGGACGUGGUGAAGGAGCUGAUGCCGCUGGUCGUGGCUGUGCUGGAGAACCUUGACUCGGUGUUCGCGGAGAACCAGGAGCACGAAGUGGAGCUGGAGCUGCUGAAGGAGGACAACGAGCAGCUCAUCACCCAGUACGAGCGGGAGAAAGCGCUGAGGAAACAUGCAGAGGAGAAGUUCAUUGAGUUUGAGGACACUCACGAACAGGAUAAGAAGGACCUGCAGAACCGCGUGGACAGAAUGGAGUCCCACUCGCGGCAACUGGAACUCAAGAUCAAAAACUACGCAGACCAGAUUGGCAGGUUAGAAGAACGAGAAUUGGAGCUCAAGAAAGAAUUCAACUCCCUGCACCAGCGACACACGGAGAUGAUCCAUAACUAUAUGGAGCAUGUCGAGAGGAUCAAACUGCAGCAGAUUAGUGAGACUUCAGAGUCGAGCGCGGCCGGCAGAAUCAGGAGAGAGCGGCCUGUUUCUUUGGGGAUCUUCCCGUCACCUGGUGGAGCGCCUAUGCUAGUCCCCAACCCCCAGGCCAAAGCAGAGACACCGGGCACAGAGGGCUGGAGGUUCACCGACCCAGCGCGGUCCAACACUAGCCUCAAGCAGUUGGACUUUGUCGACCCCCCAAAGGAAAGGGAGGGUAAGAGUGCGCAGGACUCUACUUGGGGGAAUUCAGUGGCAGACGACUGCAAGGAUGAACUGUUGGACCUCACCGGCUCUACGACACCGAUGUCCACCACAGCGUCUGACAUGGAGAGGGAAGAUGGGAAGAGCACAGAGGUGCAGGAUAAACCGGGGACCGGAUCGAAAUUAGUGGGUUUGCCUGAAAAUGAGGACAGCUCAGACGUGCAGGACAUUAUUGAGUCCACUCCUGAGCUGGACAUGGAUCUCAUUGGAUACAAGCCCUGCAGUACUCCUACUCAAGGCAUUGAGAACCUGGCAUUUGACCGAAACACAGAGUCUCUGUUUGAAGAGCUGUCAUGUGCAGGCACUGGGAUCAUAGGGGAUGUGGAUGAAGGGGCCGACCUGCUGGUGGAGUACUCUGACCUUAGUUUGAUUGGUAUGGGCCGGGAAGUUGAAAAUCUCAUUCAGGAGAAUUCACAACUGCUUGAGACAAAGAAUGCUCUGAACGUGGUGAAUAAAGACUUGAUACUGAAGGUGGACGAGUUAACCUGUGAGAAGGAGAUGUUGCAGGGAGAGAUGGAGGCUGUGCUGCAGGCCAAGGCCAAGUUGGAAGACAAGAGCAGAGAGAUGGAGGAGGAUCUCAAAAAAGUGCGACUGGAAGUGGAGGAAGUGAAACACAAAACUAAAGAGGAAGAAGACAGUGAUGUACCUACAGCCCAGAGGAAGCGCUUCACCAGAGUGGAAAUGGCCAGAGUGCUGAUGGAAAGGAACCAGUACAAAGAGAGGCUGAUGGAGCUACAGGAAGCAGUGCGGUGGACAGAGAUGAUCCGGGCCUCGAGAGAAAAUCCAGCACUCUCAGAAAAAAAGAAAUCCAGCAUCUGGCAGUUCUUCAGCAGACUGUUUAGCUCCUCCUCCAAUUCCCCACCUAUGAAGAAGGUGGAAUCCCAGUCCAACAUCAAGUACAACGCUCCGGGCGGCAUGGUGAAGAGGAGCAGCACCUUCUCCCAGUUCCCCACAGAGAAGUCCAAGACGUUCGACUUCCUCAAUGAAGAAAAGGACCAGUGCAGCUCGCCAUCGCGUAAAGAGCAGAAGAGAGCGCAGUACAGACAAGUCAAGGCCCACAUGCAGAAGGAGGAUGGACGAGUCACCGCACACGGCUGGAGCCUGCCCAGCAAAUACAAGGUAGCAAACGGUGGACAAGUGGAGAACAAAAUGAAACUACCUGUACCGGUAUACUUGAGACCUCUGGAUCAGAAAGAUGCUUCUAUGAAGCUGUGGUGUUCUGCAGGGGUCAACUUGUCUGGGGGGAGGACAUUACCAGAGCUCAUGAAGCAGACGAAGGGUUCUCAGAGUAGCCUGGACCAGUUGGAGCAAGAGAAUAAGGAUCAGGAUAAAGGGGAGCAGGAGAAGGAGCUGGUCCUUCAGGACGAGACCAGUAGGGUGUGGGUGUGCACCAGCACCCACACCUCCACCAAGGUCAUGGUGCUGGACGCCAGUCAGCCCUCUGACCUACUUGACACCUUCUACGCCUGCAACACCCACGUCGUCUGCAUUGCCAGCGUGCCAGGCGUGUUGGAGACGGAUUAUUCGUCAGGUGAGGAGGUUCCUCCAGACCUGGAGGCUGGCCAAGGUGACAGGGUGUCACUGGCCGGCAGUGUGGCCAGUGUGGGCUCAACAGGCAGCGAUGGUGCCAUGGCAGCAGAGGGGACCACCGCCAUCCCCCAGACGGCCAGCGCAGGUGUCACCGACCAGCCGGCGGAGCACAGCGGCAUCUCCAGCUCAGUUGAGCUGUCCAGAGAGACCAGUCCAGCAGAAGACGGCGUUCCUGCAGCAGAAGAGGCAACGGAAGCUACGGAGGCUAACGCAGGUGUGGGCGAAGAAGGAGAAGAGGACCAGGGAGCGGAUCAAAACCAGCCAGGAAUGUACACGGAGCAUGUGUUCACUGACCCGCUGGGGGUGGGACCCACUGACUCCCCUUCUGCUGACGCACAGAGGGGCUGUGGCCAUGAUGGGGAAACCUUUCCAGAAGACUCAGACCUGUCAGAUGGGGAAGUCCUGAGGGUGAGCAGCGCCCUCCCCACAAUGUGGCUGGGAGCUCAGAAUGGAUGUCUGUAUGUGCACUCGUCUGUGGCUCGAUGGAGGAAGUGUCUCCAUGCCAUCAAGCUGAAAGACUCCAUCCUCAGCAUAGUGCACGUUAAAGGGAGAGUCCUGGUAGCUUUGGCUGAUGGGACGUUAGCAAUUUUCCACAGAAGCAUUGACGGUCAGUGGGAUUUAACAAACUACCACCUGUUGGAUCUGGGCCGGCCUCACCAUUCCAUCCGCUGUAUGACCGUAGUCCAUGACAAGGUGUGGUGCGGCUACAGGAACAAGAUCUACGUCAUCCAGCCCAAGGCCAUGAGGAUAGAGAAGUCAUUUGACGCUCAUCCUCGCAAGGAGAGUCAGGUCCGGCAGCUGGCCUGGGUUGGAGACGGUAUCUGGGUUUCCAUUCGACUGGAUUCAACUCUACGUUUGUUUCAUGCCCACACAUACCAGCACCUCCAGGACGUGGACAUCGAGCCCUACGUCAGCAAGAUGUUGGGUACGGGUAAACUGGGCUUCUCGUUUGUGAGAAUCACCGCUCUGAUGGUGUCCUGCAGCCGACUCUGGGUGGGGACAGGAAACGGCGUCAUCAUCUCCAUCCCGCUGUCUGAAGCCAACAAGACUACGGGAAUUGUGCCAAAUCGGCCCGGCAGUGCUGUACGGGUUUACAGUGAUGACGGUUCAGACUGUGCCAUGCAGGGCUGCUUUGUGCCAUACUGCUCCAUGGCCCACGCCCAGCUGUGUUUCCAUGGACAUCGAGAUGCUGUCAAGUUUUUUGUCAGUGUGCCAGGUCAGGCGAUGCCCCCCCCAGGCAGUGCAGAUUCAGGCUCUGAUGACCCUCCAUCUGAAUCCUCUGACACAGCGACCUCUGAGGCCAAAACAUACCUGGUCAUGAGUGGAGGCGAAGGCUACAUUGACUUCAGAAUGGGUGAUGAAGGCGGCGAGUUGGACGGUUUAUCAGAGCCAACAGCCAGCCAGCAGUCACCGCCUACCAAGGCCGAGCAGAGCCACCUCAUCGUCUGGCAGGUCGCAACUUCUCAUGACUGAAGAAAAAAAUAAAUAAUCACAGACUGUCUCAACGCCAGGGCCGCCCACCAAACCCCCCCGCAUGUCCUCCUUGAAGUUUUUAAUUUGAUAUUACUGAUUGUUCUUAAUGCCUGAGUAGUUGAAUACUUUGUAAAAAAAAAAAACACAAUUAUUUUUAGUCCCAUGUUUUGUACAGUUUUAUUCUUUAUGAAUUUGAAUGAGUUAUGGUGAGGUUUAUGUAAACUUAAAGAAUACGUCCAAGGUCCAAGUGUUCCCUUCUGCCGGGUUGCAUGUUGGAAAAGUGUGAGCACAGCGGAAAAGUUGGCACAACUAAAGUUGUAGGCAUAGUGUGAUCAGGUUAUGAAUGGAAGUUGUUGGUUUUCCAAAUGUUAAAAAGGGUUUAGAUGUGAAAGAUAAAAGGGAAAAGCGCUUUCUUUAAAAAGUGAAAGAGCAGAAAGUUGAACUGAAGUAUAUUUUAUAUUCUACACAUACUGACUUUUACAUUUGUAAACCACAUGUCUGUGUGAGCAUCAGGUGUGUGUGUAUGCAUUCUCUGAGCGUUUUUAUUAACUUAACCCUUAGGGCUGGGUGUCAAAACAUGUUCCCUACAAGUCAAAAUGUAUACAAAAUUUCAAAAGGUUAAAUUCUUUGAAUGUGUUAUCUGAGACUAAUUACUCUACUGUAUGAUCGGAUUAUUAGAAAAGCAGCUUGCACGUACCUGCGGUAAAUUAAAUGUGCUUUUGUUUUGCAAAGGUUGUAGGAUAAAGCAUUCUGAAAAGGUCGUAUUAACAUAGAUGACGCAGAGCCCCGUUUGCCACAGGUUUAUGUUUUAAGACAUGAGUAAUGUGUAAGCAGCUUGGGUACUGCUACUGAAUAGAAGAACCAGCUUACUGUACUGUAGGUUAGCAUUAGCUUGGGGGGGAAAUCCUGUAUCAUCGUCCCAGUGUGUGUGCCUGCUCGGACGUUUUUAAAGCUAAACCCUCGUCUGUCGUGUGAGGAAAAUCUGCCUGUGCCACCAGCUUGGUGCUUCCUGUUUGCUUCAGCUCAUUGGCACUUUAAAAUGUUAGAUGUUAGUUGCUUGAGGUUUGGAAGAACACCCAUAGUAAUGUUCACUACACUACUAUGUGCUAAUCGUGAGAAGGGAACAAAAUGUACAAAUAUUUGUAGCGAGGUGUCACCCCAGUAACCAAAGGACGAAAGAAGAAGCACCGUGAAACUGACUGUUUUAUUAUUUUUCAUCAUUUCCAACUUAAAACGUCUUGUGAGUCUAAUAAUUUGAGGGUGUACGUGCGUUUUCAGGGCGUCAUCUAAAUGGGAAAUAAGCUUGAAUAAGGGAAUCUGACUAAAAAAUAACACGUGUGUGUGGCAUGCACACAGCACUAAAGGUAGUCUCUCCUGACUGCUUCAUCAUUCCUUGUUUUGUUGUUACAAAUACAUUUGGAGAACUGGAAGGCAAUUAUCUUUUAGACAUUGUUUGUGUUUUGUAUUCAUGUGUGAGACACUUUUAUUAAGUAUUUUGAUUAUGACUGUAACACGAUAGAAGGAUGCCAAUAUUAAGCUGGUGUUUUAAUUUGUUUUUAUACCUGAAAAGUCUGGCCAAGAUUGGUCUUCAGUCCAUUUAAAAAUAGGAACUUUGUAUUAUGUUCUUGCCAUUCCAGUAUUUAUUUCCUUUUGUUAAUGAGCCUAUAUUGGUUCAGAAUGUAACUUUCUACAUGAGCAAAAUAUAAUGGGAGGCUAUUGUAAACAAAAUAGUCCAAUGAGUUUACGUGAUUGUUAAUAAUAGUCAAAUAAAAAGAAAUCAAUGUUAUCAUGUUGGACAUUUCUGACAAACCAUGAGAUAAAAGUUUGCAACAAUAACUUGGUGGUUUUCGAACAACACAUUCAUGUACUAAGCUAUGCAUGUUUUUGUUUUUUUUAAAGAAGACACUGCUAUGUUUUCAGCUAAAGCUCCGUUUAUUGCCACCGUUUUGGGUGGGGUGGAUGUGUGUUUGUGUGUACAGUACAUGUAGGAGUUUGAACGCGAGACACAUUUGUCAGUGUAUGUUUGAUUUUGAAAAAAAUGUACGGUGUAUGUGUGCUCACUGUACGUCCAUCUGUAUUACCCCAGAGACUGGUCACAUUAACCUGGUGCACCGGGCUUCUCUGGAUGCCAUGACGGUGAUUCCUUCUGGUCAAUGUUUGCUAAAACAGCAUCAUAGCCUUAUUUUUAACAAUCUAUUAAACUCAGUUUCAUGGAGACA